AUGUGCACAGAUGCCAAUGACGAACUUUGGCAAGAAGACCCUUACGAAUAUAUACGCACAAAGUAUGAUGUGUUUGAAGAUUUCCUUUCUCCUACCACUGCUGCCCAGACACUUCUGUUUACAGCCUGUAGUAAGAGGAAAGAGGUACUGCAAAAGACUGGGAUUUUGUUACCAGAAUGCAUGUUGCAGAUUCACGUACUCCCUCUCUUUGGCAGUGGACUAGGCUACAUGAAAGCAAGGGCUUGCUGGGUACUUUACUACUUUUGUGAAGUGAAGUUCAAAAGUGAUCAGAACCUUCAAACAGCCUUAGAGCUAACAAGAAGAUGUCUGAUUGAUGAUAGAGAAAUGCUUGUGAAAGUGGAAGCUGCCAUUGCCCUUCAAGUAUUGAUCAGCAGUCAAGAAAAAGCUAAAGAAUAUAUCACGCCAUUCAUCAGACCUGUCAUGCAGGCUCUUUUUCGUAUUAUAAGAGAAACAGAAAACGAUGACCUUACCAAUGUAAUUCAGAAAAUGAUCCAUGAAUAUAGUGAAGAAAUUACUCCUAUUGUAGUAGAAAUGACACAACAUUUGGCAAUGACAUUUAACCAAGUAAUCAGGACAGGGCCAGAUGACGAAGGUAGUGAUGACAAAGCAGUUACUGCUAUGGGAAUUCUUAAUACAAUUGACACACUGAGGGUAGUUGAAGAUCAUAAAGAGAUAACCCAACAGCUCGAGGGAAUCUGCUUACAGGUCAUUGGUACUGUUUUACAACAACAUGUCUUAGAAUUCUCUGAGAUCUUCUCUUUAGCGCACAAUUUGACAUGUGAACAAGCGUCUCCACAGAUGUGGCAGCUACUACCCCUUGUAUUUGAAGUCUUUGAGCAAGAUGGCUUUAAUUAUUUUACAGAUAUGAUGCCCGCCCUUCAUAAUUAUGUAACAGUUGAUACAGACACACUUCUGACACCAAUUAUCUUGAAAUGA